GUCAAGCUUCGAGCUUGUAGCUUGGACAAAGCGCUGCGCGCGCACGCAGACUGUAACAACCGUCCGUAGUACUCGGACCCCGCGGUGGUGAGCGAAACGUGGUGCGCAACGCAACGGUCGCUAGUAGGCCGGGCGGCAACUAGCCACUGGGGACGGGGCAAAAGGCGCUGCUCCACCAGGUCUCUUCCUCUGCGAUGCGCGCGCGCGAGAACGCGCGACGAGCGCCGUGCGAGCGCUGAAGCCGCGAAGCUACAGCGGGUCGCGAGAUCAACCUCGAUGCUAUGCAGGCACAGCGCGAAGAAGUACGUAUAGACAUCACGAUUCAUGCGCACCAGUUCGCGCGCGCGCCUAGAGCGCGGGCAAAUGACCUGGACGAACAUGGCAGCUGCCUGUUCCGGCCCCAUACAUACAGCGAGUACGAGGGUCGCUUCGCGGCAAAAGAAGGGUCCCGCGCGCAAAGUGGAACAGACUGCGCUGGCCCCUGGGGGACACGUUCGAGGUACGCUGCUCUCCCAGCUCCGACGGGCUCCAAUUCGCGGGUGCUAGAACCGCUGCGAAUCCGUCCUGGAGAGGGGAGGGGCCUCACCAGAUCUCCGGGCGGGCGAAUUGCCAUAUGUCGGCGGCCAUACACACGCACACACGCACGCACGUACACGCAGGAUAGCAUUGGCAUAGGCUUCGUCCGGGGAUAAAGCGCGGCGAGAUGACAUCGCAGCCGCAACUGUGUGUGGGUGCGUGCGUGCGUGCGCGAUCGCUGACUGCGCGGGUUCUCGAAUCGCAUGGAACCUUGCAAUCGACGGGCGAGCUGAACGGCGGGAAUGUGCAAUGGCACUAGUCGCGCAGAGAGCAGCGCAAGGCCAACGACCGAUAGCGGUUCAGGGCACGGCGAGCAUUUUUCGCCGAGUCAUCGACGCUCGCGCUGGGCUGUCCCAGCACCCAGCAGCUCGACCGACGAGCAAGCGGCCGGCGAGCGAGACAGGUGCCCCGGCAGCUCACUAGAGGAUGCGAGAUGUGAUAUGGGGCCACCCCAGAUCCCGGAGAGAUGGGCGUGGGGCAGGAAGUUCUGCUUAUAGGCUAGUAGGCUGGUCGAGACACGGGCGAUAGCAGAGUGCAGACCAAGACGAGCACACGCACCAAGACGAGAACGCGCGCAGGACCUACGCGCGAUUGAGAACGUUCGCAGGA